GUUACUAAAGGAAGUGGUUCACCUACAGAAUUAUGCCGGAAACGCACCACGCUCUCUUCUCUGAUUGUUGUCAAAGCCAAGCAGUUAAAUUCUGAACGUUAGUCGCGUAAUCUUGGUACAAUACCAAAUGCGCUCUCCGUAAAGACUGAUGAAUCCAAGAUGAACCCGCGGGUCAUUUUAGAAGACAUGCUCUUCAAGAAAUCCCAACAGAAGCGAAGGACCUCGCCCUCUAAUUAUAAACAGAGAUAUUUUGUUUUAAGCACAGAAGAUUUGACCUACUUUGAAUGCCGCCCGGGGAAAAAGCCCGCUAUGAAAGGUUGCAUCGAGCUGUCCCGGAUAAAGUGUGUGGAGAUGGUGUACAGUGAGGCAUUAAUACCGUGCUCUUAUAAAUACCCUUUCCAGGUUGCCCAUGACAACUACUACCUUUACAUAUUCGCUCCAGACAAGGACUGUCGUCUGCGAUGGGUUCGCGCUCUGAAGGAAGAAACAAAGAAUAACUGCUUGUUUUCCAAGUAUCAUCCGAACUUCUGGGCGGACGGCAGGUGGAGGUGCUGCCAGCAGAACGAGAAAAUGGCCCUGGGGUGCGCGGAGUACGACCCGAGCAAAAACGCUUCCAAAAAGCCUCUCCCACCGACUCCAGAACCUCAGCGGCGGUUCUCGGAUCCGGGGGAGAUGGUGGUGGUGGCGCUGCACGAUUUCAUCCCUCAGGGAGACCUGGACCUCCGGCUGCACAAAGACCAGGAGUACAUCGUCACGGACACCUCCGACAGCAACUGGUGGACCGUGCAGGACGGCAACGGGAACACUGGCUUCGUACCCUGCAGCUACUUAGCAGAGAAAUCCCCAAACAACCUGGAGAGGUUCGAAUGGUUCAACAAAGACAUGACCAGAGCCCAAUCUGAACAGCGUUUGUUCAAAGAGGACAAGGAGGGGGCGUUCACGGUGCGGAACUCCAGACAGGCCGGGGUAUACACCGUCUCAGUCUUCACCAAAGCCCUGGGGUCGAACGGCCAGAAUAAUCCCAGGGUAAAGCAUUAUCAGAUCAGAGAGACGGACGGCGGCAAAUACUACCUGGCAGAGAAGUACCUGUUCAACACCAUCCCCGAUCUCAUCCACUACCACCAGCACAAUGCUGCAGGCCUGAUCACCAGACUGCGCCACCCUGUGUCAAUGAGCCGCCACAGCGCCCCCAGGACUGCUGGCUUCGCUUCAGAUAAAUGGGAGGUGGACCCAGCGGAUCUCACACUGGAUGUGGAGCUGGGCAGUGGGCAGUUUGGCGUGGUGUUGCUAGGAUGCUGGCGGGAGAUAAAGGUGGCGGUAAAGAUGGUGCGUGAGGGGGCCAUGUCAGAGGAGGACUUCAAGGAGGAGGCGCAGGUCAUGAUGAAGCUGUCCCACUCCAAACUGGUGCAGCUGUACGGGGUGUGCACCCAGCGCGCCCCCAUGUGCCUCCUCUUCGAGUUCAUGGAGCACGGCUGCCUGUCGGACUACCUGCGGGGGAACCGGGGCUCGUUGCCGCGGGAGACCCUGCUGGGCAUGUGCCUGGACGUGUGCGAGGGCAUGGCCUACCUGGAGAGCGCCAACUUCAUCCACAGGGACCUGGCUGCAAGGAACUGCCUGGUUUCUGAAAACCAUGUGGUGAAAGUCUCCGAUUUCGGUAUGACAAGGUUCGUGCUGGAUGACCAGUACACCAGCUCUCUGGGAUCCAAGUUCCCAGUGAAGUGGUCAGCACCGGAGGUCAUCCAGUACUCCAAGUUCAGCAGCAAGUCCGACGUGUGGUCCUUCGGUGUGCUGAUGUGGGAGGUGUAUAACGAGGGCCGCAUGCCCUACGAGAACCGCUCCAACGGGGAGGUGAUGGACGCGCUGACCGCGGGCCUGCGCCUCCUCAAGCCCAAACUGGCCCCCGAGGCCGUGUACCAGCUCAUGGACUGGAGCUGGAAGGAGAAACCGGAGGAUCGUCCGUCUUUCAACCUCCUUUUCCAUCAGCUGCUCGCCCUGGCAGAGCUCUGAAGGACAGCGGUGUUCACUCUGGACAGAUGCCCUACAGACGUCCUACAGACGCCCUACAGACUCUGUCCAGACGCUGGACAGAUGCCCUACAGACACCCUACAGACGCCCUACAGAUGCCCUACAGACGCCGUACAGACGCCCUACAGACUCCGUCCAGACGCUGGGCAGAUGCCCUACAGACGCCGUACAGAUGCCCUACAGACACCCUACAGACGCCGUACAGACGCCCUACAGACGCUGAGAUAUUAAAACUAUUUAUUUUGCUCUUCAUCGCUGAAAACAGUUCAUUCUGUUGUAUAUCCUUGUCACAUACUGUUUUAUAGUCUUUUUGAAGCUCAAUUUCGCUAUGCUACGAUCAACCCUUACAGUCCAGCUCAACCACUCAACACAGAUCAGCAUACAGCUACACCUCCGCAGGGAUCCAGUACACAUUCCAGAUCACCAAUCUCUUCUGUCCCUGCGUCUGAUUGGUGGAAAGACGGCCCACCGCCACCAGAACUGCAGCAAAGUCACCCACCAUCUUCUGCCCCAGCAUGAAGACCCAUCUCUCCAGAAAACACAGAGACUAAGCACCUACGUUCCUCACACUCUAUAACAUCAAACUAAAACUUCCUUAACCUCAUUUCCCUAACCCUUCCCAUUCCAUUAAAACAAAGCACAGUUUGUGUGAACAGGAGUUAUUUUUCUCUAUAGUUUUUUGCCUCAUAUAUGUGGAUGUAAAGCUGUACUGAAGUUCAAAGCACUUUUCUAAUGUUGUCUGGAGAACAGAGUUUCCCAGAUGGAGCAAAAGUCAAUGUAAAUAUGUUUUCCUCUUGAUGGUAUUGACUUGUUCUGUGAUAUAUUCAAUAUAUUCAACAUGUUCAAUAUAUUUAAUGUCAAAUAUAUGAACUGAAAUAAUGCUGAACC